AUCCAGAAGAAGGAGAAUUCGACCUAAUGAAUGGGGAUUGCGUUAUUAUCUUAGACAAUGUUUUCAAAUAUUUUCUUGCUUAAAUAUUUUCAAUGAAACAAGUGACAGUGAGGAAAUGGAAGAUGAGGUGACCUCAGGACACACUAAAACUCGAAUGGAAGAUGAACACCUGGACAGGGAAUAUAUCAAAAAUACCAAGAAUGUAACAGAUUCAAUGGAGCUUGAAAGUGAUGAAAAAGUAUCCUAUAUUAUUGAUUCAAGCAUAUCCGACAAUGCUUUAAGACCACCAGCCAAACAGGAAUCUGUAAGUUUGGCAACCAUCAGGAGUACAGAAUGCAUUUUCAAUGAAACAAGCAACAAUGAAGAAAAAUAUGAAAUGGACAAUGAGGUGCCCUCAGGACACACUAAAUCUCAAUCCAAAGAACUUGAAAGUGAUGAAAAAGCAUCAUUUAUUAUGGAUUCAAGCAUAUCCCACAAUGCCUUAAGACCUCCAGCCAAGCAGGAAUCUGUAAGUGUGGCAACGAUCAGGAGUAAAGAAUGUGAAUCUACGGAGCUUGAAAGUGAUAAGAAAGCUUCAUUUAUUAUGGAUUCAAGCAUGUCCGACAAUGCCUUACAGCUGCCAGCCAAACAGGAAUCUGUAAGCCUGGCAACGAUCAGGAGUAAAGAAUGCAAUUUAAAUGAAACAAGCAAUAGUGAGGAAAUAUGUGAAAUGAACAAUGAGGCCAUAAGAAAAAUGGAUGGAGAUGAUGCUCUUCCUUUACAUGACAACUUGAUAGAGAAAGAAGAUAUUGAGUCCAGAUAUGUAGUGGUCGAGCCCCAAAGAAGGAGAAUUCGUCCUAGUGAACAGGGACUAUGCAAUUAUUUCAGACAAUGUUUUCAAAGACUUUGUUGUUCAAAGGUUGCUCCUCUCCAUGGGGAAAAUGCAGAAGACAAAGAGGAUGCUGAGGAGGUAUAUGUGAAGUGCAGUGUUGGAAGACGCUCAGUGGUUAAAGGCGCUCGCCUACGCAGUGCAGAACGCGGCAGUCGGGCCAGCCGCAGGAUGUGUCUCCACCACAGCGCCUCUGUGCCUUCUGCUGCUGCCAUGUGCUCUUCAGGAGCAAACCCAAUGUCUGCUCUCCAGGGAAACCCUCCUGACAGUCAAACUAGCUUUUUCAAGUCUCAGACUGUAGACUACAUGGCCACCUCCAAUUCCUUGGCUCCCAUGCAAGGUGGAAGGGAAUGCUCCCACUACUGUUUAUACCCUGGGCUCCCAAUGCGAAGGCUGAGAAACCCUCUGCAGAGGAAGCCUGCUUGA